AUGACCGCCCAAGUUCAGCUGGGGCCUGAGCUAGAGUCUCUGGACGACAUAGAGACACUUGCUUUCGCUGGCUUGAAAGGCGACAAGAAGCUCAAACUCCUGCCGACACCUUGGCCAGAGAAUAGCCUGCCUCCUCCAACUUCGUCCCUCUUCAGUAUCGCAUCAAGAACCGGUAUACUCGCAGCAGCUGGCCCAGACGUGCUUGUUAUUGCUACCACAAAAUCUGUGCGCGACACGCUCUCUGGCAAUGGAGAAGACGUCGAGGGUGCGACUGGUGUGAAGGCGUUCACUCCCCAGGUCACCAUCCCGCUUCCACGCCUCUCCCAGGUCGCAUUCUCAAGCAACGAGAGCUUCUUGGUGGUGUCUGCAGAGCAAGGCGGAGGACUGGCUGUCUAUGAGGUCCCGAAGCUUCAGCAGCUGAACCCCCAGCCUGCGUUUCAAAUCCCAACAAAUAGCACAUCGGUCCGAGCCCUGAUACCAAACCCAGCACCUGAAUUUGAAGAUCUGUUCUCCAUUGUGCUUACCGAUGGCACUCUGCUGCUGGCGCAUUUGAGGGAGCAGAAACUUGUUCAAGGACCGACAGGAGAUACUGUGCUGCAUCGGAAUGUGAGCUCCAUUUCGUGGAGUGCUAGGGGCAAACAGCUUGUUGCAGGCCUGGGAGAUGGGACAGCUGUACAAAUCAAGCAAGAUGGGUCUAUCGUGGCACAGAUCCCGCGACCUCCUGAGAUAGGUGCCGAUAAUCAUGUUGUUUCCAUAUAUUGGCUCGACAACGAUACGUUCUUCGUUACCCAUUGUCCCACACAGAGACUGCCGGAGGAAGUACCCGAGCCUACUCACCACAUCAUGACCACGGAUACAAGUCGAGCGAACUUCACCUUCUCGAAAAUUGGCGAAGAGCCCUGCUUUCCUGUGCUCGAUGGCAAGCGCGGAUAUCCAUACCAUUACUUUCUCACUCGACUACGAAGAUGGGGCCAGCUAACUGAUCUCCUCAUUCUGAUAUCUACUGACGGUACUGAUGUCGGCACAUUGACGAAUUCAGCGAAACCUUUGGCACCGGGUGCUGCUGUCAAUGUCUAUACCGUCACGAGACUGGAAGAUUCACGACGGGCGAUGGUCCCCCCUGAAAUAUUCUCCGACGACGCUAAGAGCGGAAUGCUUUCUGAUUCCUCAGUCAUCGGUGUAGCGUUGGACCUCUCGGCUACCGAUGUGGUUCUUGGACCUAUCCCCAAGGAAGAAGAGAUUAACCAAUCGUCUACUCCUCUACCCGCAUUUAUGCUUCUGAACCACGAGGGUAUCUUGUGUGCAUGGUGGGUUGUAUACAACGACUCUAUCAAAGAGGGCACAGCGUAUCCUGGUCUCAUUGCUGCGAGCGGUGCCACACCAGCCACAGCCGUCACAUCAACACCUACAAAUCCAGCUGAGGAAACACCAAAGCCCCUAUCCCAGCCAUCCGGAUUUGGAACAGUCGGCGGAGGAUUCGCAAAACCAGCCACGCCAGCUUUUGGUGCCGGUGGAUUUGGAACUCCUUCAGGCGGAGCUAAGUUUGGCCAGUCAGCAUUCCCAUCCUCAACACCACUCGGCAUCCCUGCUGCCCUGGGUUUUGGAAAGCCUUCCUUUGGCUCUGUCGCUACUCCAGCAUUUGGCUCUACUGCUACUCCGGCAUUUGGCUCUACUGCUACUCCGGCAUUUGGCUCUACUGGAGGUAUUGGAAAUCGGGCCUCGCCAUGGGCAGCACAGGCAGCAACUCCACAAAAGUUCGAUGCCCCUCAGGGUGGCUUCGCAAGCUUUGGUGGAGCAGCGUCUGGCUUCGGAAAAUUGGCCUCCAACACUCCAUCACAGUCUCCAUUUGCGGCUGCAGGGAAUGCCCCGAUAUCCGGAUUUGGUGCUCUAGGACAAUCAAAGCCCGGAUCGUUGUUUGGCCAAAAGGCUGAACCGACUAGCUUCACUGGCACUACGAAGGAUAGCUUUGGGUCUACAGUCACUAUUGGAUCUAGCUUUGGAGGUGGCGCGACUCCUUCGUCAUGGGCUCAGACUCCGGCACAACCGCCAUCCCUGUUUGGAGGAGCUCAGACGUCUUCUUUUGCCUCCACUAAUGUCUCCAGCAUGGGAGAUUCGGACGACGCGCAAAAUCGGGAGCGGGAUGAGGCUACACCCACGCCGCAAGUACCGCCAACACAACCGCAGGGACUGUUCGCUGGUGGUGGUUUCAAGCUUGGCUCUUCAUUCCAAGGCGAUGGAUCAGCCAAGGAUGAUCUCCCUAAGCCCCGACAACCGUCUUCUUCGUCCCUCUUUGGAGGUAGUUUCUUAAGUGGCGUGGACAGCAAACCGAAAGAGCCUGCUACGCCUGUCAGAGGGGAGGAGUUGAGUCCACCUAGAUCUGGCGAGGCUUCCACCACCCCGGCGUCUCAACCAACAUUCCAGUCUAUCAACGAACCGUCCCUUUUCGGUGGCUUGCCGUCAACUACUCCAUCUCAUACACCGGCAAAGGAGCCACCUAAACCAGCACAGACACCGGCAGCUCCGUCUCCACCAGAAUCUCCAGGUGGCGAAGAUGCUCCCCUUCCUCCAGAUCCUAUGACAUUCAAACCAAAAGAGACCAAUAAUGACGACUUGCCUCCAAUAGCGGGAAGCCCACCGGUCCAGGUUGAAGCUCCGGACUCGUCGCCAAUUUCGUCGCCGGAGUCAUCGAGUCGUGGAAGCGACGGUGAUAUCUCGGUCGAGGAACAGGAAGAUACAGAAGAAGAAGAGCCUGCUUCCAACCAUCGACUGCCAGCGCAGAAGCCAACAUGGUCGUUUGGCCAGUCUGGAUUAGGCCAGUCGCCUCAAAUCCCACCUCAAGCUCCUACGCCUCCCGUCAAAUCCGGAACCUCUUCUAGAUCUCGAGAUCAAUCCAGGAGUCCAUCGCGCUCUCCAGUUCGAAACCUCUUCCAACAGUCUUCGACUCCAGCCGGUAAUCCUUUUGCAACCCAAAAGUCAGUGUUAUUCCCUCCAACGACCCGACCGCAGGACUCUCUACGUUCCCCAAGCCCCCAACGAUCCGCGUCGACGUCUGUACUUGGUCACCACCAGAAGUCUUCUAGGACAGCCAGCCCGUUCGCUGUGCCGGCGGCCCAGCCACCGCCUCAACCACCUGCUCCGGCGCCUGAAGUAUCUGACCUGUUCGACGACGAGGACGACCGCAUUCGCCAGGAACUAAAGUCCGAGCUCGUCCCCAACCGUCGCCUCGACCCAUUCGUCGCCCACCAGAACUACACGGGCGGCUCCGAAACAAAGACCGGCGUCCCCGCCCAAAUCGAGACCGUCUACCGCGACAUCAACAGCAUGAUCGACACCCUCGGCCUCAACGCGCGCUCCCUCGCCUCAUUCGUCAAAUACCACGAUGAGUCAAGCCGCGGAGACGAAAUCACUCGGGAAGAUCUCGACAAAGCGCUCGAUGAGGGCGAGGACGGCGACUGGGACUCCGCCUGGUGUCUCGCCGAAAUCGACCAGCUGAAGGUCUUGGAGGACGAGAUGGGCAAGCAACUUAAGGAGGGACGUCUGACACAGGUCCACGACAAACUCCUCCAGCUCGCCGGCCUGUCGCAGGACGUCCACAAACUCCGCGCCCGAGUCGCGGACGUCAAGCUCCAGAUCCAAGCCCGCAACGACCCCGCCUCCCUCGAGCGCCUGCGCCUCCAACCCCUCUCCGCCGACGUCGCGAAGAUGCAGCAGGAGCUCCGCGACUCCUUCGCCGCGCUCCUCAAGCGCCUCGCGACGGCGGAGGAAGAAGUCGUGCUCCUCCGCGCGAAAAUCGCGGGUGCCGGUAAAGGCGGCCGGGGAGCGAGGAUGCAGGUGCCGACGGUUGAAGCCGUGACCCGCACGAUCGAGAAGAUGACGGCGAUGGUCAGUAAGAAAAGCAUCGAUAUUGAUGUGCUGGAGAACGCGGUGCGGAAGCUUAAUAUCAAAGAGCGAGUGGGGACAGCGGGGCACAGGGCGUCGACGAGAGGCAGGGAGAGGGAGGGGAGUCCGUUUGCGACGCCGCCGCGGGGUAGUAAUGGGGUGGUGGCGUUGAGGGGGAGUUUGAGGGAGAAUACGACGACGGGGCGGUAUGGGCUGUUUGAUACGCCUGACAGCACGCCGCAGAAGAAUGGGAAUGGUGGGGGGGAAGGGGUUAGUAGGGAGGCGGUUAGGGUGUUUGCGGAGAAGAAGGCGACGAGGAGGAAGUUGGGGGAGUUUUUGGCGAGGGCGGUGGGGGAGAGGGGGACGAAGGUUACGCAUGUGGGUGCGUAG